AUGGAACCGGAACCGUCCCUUACUGCUCUCCUCAAGGCUGUCACAGCCCUCACAGCCACCGUUGGGUCCCUGCAGGACCAGAUCCAAUCUCAAGGUCAGCAGCUUGUUGAGCUUAAAGCCAUAUGCAAGGAGACCGCCAACUUACUUGGCAACAAGGAUCAAGGAGGACCCCAAGUCCAAGCCCAGCCUGGCCCAUUGACUGGGCCUGUCACUCCCCCCACGCAUACAGGAGGAGAAGCGCACACUCCAGGAACGGUUAGGCCUGGACUCAAGGCCCCUUUCCGCCCAUCCAGAGGAACGGGCUUUGACUCAGAAGAAGAGGAAGAUCCCAGGCAAGCCCCCAAGAGAGAGCCUUGCGACACGCCUAAGCGGAGCCUCAGCUCCCUUACCCCAUUCGACUCAGGGUCCAGUGUGAAGCAACCCAAAAUGGAGCUCCCCGAUCCAUACAAAGGAGACUCUAGGGGAAAGAAGGCAACCCAGUGGCUAGACCGCAUGCUACUGUGGGUUGCACUUCAUCAAGACCAAUUUGAUGAAGAAGAACAAAUGAUUGUGUGGAUCCUCUACCACAUGACUGACAAGGCUGCCGACUGGGCUCUCCCUAUCAUAGGGACCAUCAUCAAGGGCAAGGGAAACCCCCCUACCACCAUCCCAGCCUUAACAGCCAAAUUCAAGGAAGCAUUUGCGGACCCAGAUGCCAAACAAGCCGCCGCUAGGAAGAUUGCCGCGCUUACUCAGACAACCACCACGUCUGAAUACGUUACCAAGUUCUGCAAUCUUAUGGCAGAACUUGAUUGGAACACUGAGGCGUACAUUGCCCGGUUCAAGCGCGGUCUUCACUGGAAGGUGAAGGAACUCCUGUCCACCAAGGACAAUUUCCCAGACAACGACCUUGAGGCUAUAUUUGCUGCCUCCGUCAAAAUAGACAACAUUCAUUGGGAAAACAAGGAGAACCAACCCAAGAAAACCCCCGCUAAGUCCUUGGCUACCACAGCCACUACUUCCACCACCACUCAACGGGUCCGCUUAUCAGAGGACCCUAACUACGUCACUCCGGAAGAAAGGGACCGCCGCCGCGCAUCUGGACUAUGCGUCAAAUGCGGCCAGAAGGGGCACGGAAUCAAGCAAUGCCAAAAUGGAUGGAAGGCAACCCUCAAAGAGACCGCCAAGCCCCUGGCCCCUAAAUUAGAUGUGCAUGUAUCAGAUUGCGACUUUGUAUCUUUGGCUCUGGACUCCAAUAAAAAGCCCUUAUUAUUCAUCAAUCUUGAACUGCACAACUUCCUGACGGAACAUCUCAGAACCCUCAUUGACUCAGGAGCCACAUCAAACUUCAUUUCCCCCUCAAUUGUGGAAAAAUAUAAAAUCCCAAAAACCCAACUCAAAAAUCCACAAGUUGUGAGAAUGUUAGAUGGUACCAUUUCCCAGACUGGUCGCAUUUGGCACCAGGUCCACCUCACGGUUUUGGCCAAUGGCCAUCCCCACUCCAUUCCUUUUCUUGUGUGCCCCAUUGGUAAUACCCCAGCUAUCCUUGGCAUGACCUGGUUAACAGCAGAAGCUCCGCUCAUAGAUUGGCAACAGGGACUAGUCACAUUCCCUGAACAAGUUCAGAUUGCCUCCAAGGAAGAAGCAGACUCUGACCCUUUAGCAGACCUUCCCCCUCAAUACCAUGAGUUUGCCAAAGUCUUUGGCAAGGAAGAAUUUAAGGUCCUCCCUCCACACAGGGAGUAUGAUAUCUCUAUAGACCUUGUUCUGGAUGCCAAACUGUCCCCUGGCCCCAUAUAUGGCAUGACUGACGCAGAAUCAAAAGCAUUAAAGCAACACAUUGACGAGGAAUUAGCAACAGGCAAGAUCCACCCUAGUACUUCCUCAGCAGGUGCCCCGGUCAUGUUUGUAAAGAAGGCUGAUGGAUCUCUCCAACUGGUUGUUGAUUACAGGAAGCUGAAUGACGCAACCCGCAAAAACGUUUACCCAUUGCCAAGGCAAGAUGAUCUCAUGGCCAAGCUAAGACACGCCAAAAUAUUCACCAAGUUAGACUUGCAAUGGGGAUACAACAAUGUACGGGUCAAGGACGGCAAUGAAUGGAAAACAGCCUUUAGAACCAAAUAUGGGCUGUUUGAAUACCUAGUAAUGCCCUUUGGUCUCACCAAUGCCCCGGCCGCUUUUCAGCAUUUUAUGAACAAUCUGUUUAGGGACCUCAUUGACGUCACUGUAGUCAUUUACUUAGACGACAUACUGAUCUUCUCAGAAGACCCCAAGGACCACCCAGCACACGUCAGGGAAGUCCUAUCUUGGCUAAUGAAGAACCAGUUGUUCUGCAAAUUAUCUAAGUGCCACUUCCAUGUCACCACAGUUGACUACCUGGGCAUUGUCAUCACCCCCACCGGCUUCUCUAUGGAUCAAAAGAAGAUUGAGGCGGUUAUGUCAUGGCCCCAACCUAAAACGGUCAAGCAGGUUCAAGCCUUCCUAGGAUUUGUCAAUUACCUCAGACAAUUCAUUCCCAAUUUCAGCUCGGUUGCAUGCCCCCUUCACAAUCUCACCAAAAAGGAAACCCCCUGGUCAUGGGGAGACCUAGAAGAAGCGGCGUUCCAGGAAUUGAAGCUCCUUGUCACCCAAUCACCGGUCCUCAUCCAUUCCAACCCAGACCUACCCUAUUACUUGGAAACGGAUGUGUCAGGAGUAGCUAUGGGAGCAAUCCUUAGCCAGCAAGGAGAAGAUAACCGCCUACACCCAAUGGCAUAUAUGUCAAAAUCAUUUUCCGGUGCCAAGGCUAAUUACAAUACACAUGAUAAGGAGCUCCUGGCAAUCAUUAAGGCACUGGAAGAAUGGCGGAUCUUCUUAGAAUCAACUGAUAAACCCAUCCAGGUGUUCACUGACCAUCAAAACUUGGAAUACUGGAUGCAGGCACAGACCUUUAAUUGCAGGCAUGCUUGUUGGCGCAUCUUUCUGAGUGACUUCAAUUUUGAGAUCCAUUAUCAUCCCGGAAAACAAUCAGGAAAACCAGAUGCCCUUUCCAGAAGAUCCAAUUACAUAGAUGCCCCCACAGAGCCAGAAAUCAUGCUGCCUUCAGAGGUUUUUGCAAACACGUCAGAAGAGGAACUCAAGAUUGUCACAAGUAUUUGUGACAAACUCAGGGAAGAUCCAUUGCUAGAACCAAUCAUCAGGUUCCUCACAGAAGACGCAGACAACGCCCCUCCGUCUAUUUGCAAAGCUUAUAAAGACUACAAUUGGGAAGAGGAUUUGCUAUGGUACCGCGGAAAGCUAGUGGUCCCAGACUCAGAAGAACUCAAGGAUUGA